AUGAACUUCUUCUUAGACUAUGCAAUUUGUAAUCGUGGGACGAGCGCCUACGCUCCCAAGGACUACCAGCAUCUCGACCAGGGGACAACUUCCUUUCCAGCUUGCUCAGGUACCACUCCUUCCUGUGACAGCUAUAAUUCAGAUGGACGCUUCGGGGCGACAGGGGUGGGCGCUGCUGGGCCCAACGCCCACCACCAGCAAAGCCCAAGCUACCCUCCUCCUCCUCCUCCUCCUCCUCUUCCUCCCAGCCCUGCUGGCCUUGGCAUCUCCUUCGCAGGGUCAUCUCAGCCAGGAGGAGGAGGAUACUCAGCCCCCAACUGCAGCCCAAGCUUCGUCAAUCAGCAGUUCUACCUCAACCCCCAGGAGGCCGAUGGAGCCUAUUUCCAACCUUCGGUCUACUCUGCCAACGUGACUGCUGCUGCUGCUUCUUCGGCCAGCCUCGGAAAUGUAUCUGAUGGGUUCUGUGCCACCACCACGGGCCAGUUCCAGCCACAACUCUAUGGGCCUGAGCAAGGUGGCUACUUACAAGGGGCUUUUGGCAGCCUCUCCCCACCCUUACACCAGAACAAAGACCCGCGGGCUUGCUCGGCCCAGCAAUGUUCCAUGGCUGCCACCGCCGCCACCCAAACCUUUGACUGGAUGAAAGUGAAAAGGAAUCCUCCCAAAACAGCUAAAGUGUCCAACUACGGACUGGCCAUCCACCCCAGCAGCACCAUCCGGACCAACUUCACCACCAAGCAACUGACGGAGCUGGAGAAGGAAUUCCACUUCAGUAAGUACCUCACCCGGGCCAGGCGCGUGGAGAUCGCUGCCACGUUGGAGCUCAACGAGACCCAGGUGAAAAUCUGGUUCCAAAACAGGAGGAUGAAACAGAAGAAGAGGGAGAAGGAGGGACUGGCGGGACCAGCAGCCGCCAGCAGCUCUGCCAAGGAAACCAGUGAGGCAGCCUCGGACAGAUCCAGCAGAUCCUCCACCCCCGACGCUUCGCCCAGUUCAGUGUCCUCUUGA